UUCGACUUAUUGUAAAUCCCGAGGGUAGGCGUGUGGGCUAUGGCUUUGUUGAAUUUGAUUCUGCCGAUGCAGCACAUAAUGCGCUCGAACUUAUGAAUGGUGAAUACUUGCUCGAUCACAUUGUUUUUCUUGAUGUGGCUAAGCUACCUCCGUACCGUCUUCUACACCAGUACAACCUUGCAGAGAAGCUCUGCUAAGGGAUUUAAGGGAUACAUCACUUUGUUCUCUCGAAAUUUCAGUUACGAAGACUAUCUUCGACGAGCGAUCACAAAAGGAAGACUUGAUGAAACUUCCUAUGAAGAAGGAGAAGGCCUUGAUGGAACUCCAAGUUUUGUUGAGGCAGUUGCUGUAAGACGUAAGACUAUCUCCGUCGGCAAUCUCCCUUGCCCAACUGUAAUACGAGAUAUCAUCGAUUUAUACAAAGAUGUUGGACAAGUUGUUCAUGUUCGACUUGUUACAGACUGCAAGGGCAAGCAAAAUGGCAUGUGCUAUAUUGAGUUUGCUUCUGCUAAAGAAGCAGGGAAGGCGAUGAAAAAGAAGUAUUUGCAUGGUCAAAAAUUGUAUAGUUAUCCGGCUGAGGAAUUUCCAAACCUUCCGCGUCCCAAGUAUUGCAUCGAUCACAAUGUUUGGUACGAAGAUCAACUUGGACGAGAAAACCGUUUGAUCGAUGAGGAAUUGGAGGAAGGAUUUGGUGAAACUCGUGAUUUUGCCGAGGAAGUAGCAUUAAGAAAAAAAACACUCUUUGUUUACAAUCUCUCUCCCAACGUAACAACACGUCAGAUCUCUGCUUACUACAAAAAUGUUGGAGAAGUUUGCCGUGUUCGACUUGUUGUAAACCGCGAGGGUGAGCAUGUGGGCUGUGGCUUUGUUGAGUUUGCUUCGGCUGUCGAAGCAAAGAAGGCGCUGCUGUACGAGAGUAGAGCUCUGAAUAUUCAUAUCAUUUCUGACGUGGUUGAGAUGUCUCCAUACCCUAUCCGACCAAAGUACAACCUUGCAGAGAAGCUCUGGAGGAACGAAGAAUACCUUCUACCAGUAAGCCUUCCGAUAGAAGGAGAUUAUUUGGAGAAACCGGAGGUGACUAAAUUAUUCUGCGGUAAGAGGAUAACCUUCUCUGACGAUGACUGAUGGAAGAAGAUGAAGAAGCUAUCUGGUGUUUUUAAACUUGUGAUACAUUUCAACUUGAUGUUCUAGUUUAGUUAUUAUUGUGUUGAGUCUAUGUUAAAAUAUGCUUUAACCUGUGAUGUUUUGUUAGAUUCAAUCUUUGGUAUCUUUCACCAAAGUGAAAAAAGACCAGUGGUAGAAUCAUUUAUAUUAGUAUAAUGUCUUAGUCUUAUA